AUGUUACAGCUCGGGGCUACUACUUCCUGUAGGGUGUGUGUGUCCCUCCCAGGAGCUGGGAUUCGGGUGUAAGCUGUUGUUGGGCCCCUACUUGUAUCAGGGCGAAGUCAUCAGGAUAUCAAAAUGUCCAAGUCUUUAAAGAAGAUAGUGGAGGAGAGCAAGGAGAAGAAUAUCGCUGAUGUUGACAUGUGCGACAGAGGCAUCAGUAAUAUGCUGGAGAUCCCAGGGCUGUUUACCCUGUCCCACAUCACCCAGCUCAUUCUGAGCCAUAACAAGCUGACAAUUGUUCCAGCCAACAUUGCUGAAUUGAAAAACCUUGAGGUUCUAAACUUUUUCAACAACCAGAUUGAGGAGCUUCCGACACAGAUAAGCAGCCUUCAGAAACUUAAGCAUCUUAAUCUUGGGAUGAACAGGUUAAACACAUUACCCAGAGGGUUUGGCUCCUUGCCAUCGUUAGAAGUCCUUGAUUUGACCUACAACAACCUGAGUGAGAAUUUCUUACCUGGAAACUUCUUCUAUCUAACCACCCUGCGUGCUCUCUAUCUAAGUGACAACGAUUUUGAAGUCCUGCCGUCCGAUAUUGGGAAACUCACAAAGUUGCAGAUAAUCAGUCUACGGGAUAAUGACUUGGUCUCCUUACCGAAAGAGAUAGGGGAACUGACUCAGCUGAAGGAACUGCACAUACAAGGAAACCGGCUGACCGUACUGCCCCCUGAGCUUGGUAAUUUGGAUCUCACAGGACAAAAGCAGGUCUUCAAAGCAGAGAACAACCCCUGGGUCACACCUAUAGCCGACCAGUUUCAACUGGGAAUUUCUCAUGUCUUUGAAUACAUCCGCUCGGAAACCUACAAAUACCUCUACGGGAGACACAUGCAGGCAAACCCAGAACCGCCAAAGAAGAACAAUGACAAGUCCAAGAAAAUCAGCCGCAAGCCUUUGGCAGCAAAGAAUAAAUAGAUUAUGUAUAGGUGCUGAGAUGUCACUGCCGCUGUCUGCAUGUGCCUGAUUAUUCCUGUGUAUUCCUUGGCGUGCCACGUCAGGGGACAGCCAGGAAGGGUUUAAGACCAUAAUAGUAUUGACCUUGUUUGCCUUACGUAUAAUCCCGCUACAGGAAAGAAACACAUUAUUGUUACUGUUACACUUUUAUAUUUAAUUAUAUACUCAUUCACAGUUAUUAGCGUCACAGUAUUUAUUUUUCCAUAUGUGGCUUUUAUGUAUCGUCAUAUUAAAAAAAAUAGUUUUACAGUAAUCUAGCCAUACAAAGUUAUAGAAAUUAGUAUCUAGUGUCUCGUUCCAUUAUAUACAUUUAGCAGUCUCUUUAGGGGUGCGAUACGAAAUGUCGGCGGAUGGGAUGACGGAGGUCAUAUGACCGACACCGCCAUCCCGGUGCUCAGAAUCCCAACAGGGGUCAGGUAAGUACAGUAUGCCUACCCUCUCCCCCUAACCCUCUCUUCCUGCAGCCUAACCCUAAUCCUCCCCGAUGGUGCCUAAACCUACCCCCCUCCCCUCAGCCUACCCCUAACCCCCCCUUUCCCCCCUCAGCAUCCUGACCGCAUCCCCUCUUUAGUGAUCAGAGAAUUUCACUGGCAUAUGAGUCUCUAUUGUAUUUAUUAUUCUCAGUGUGUAAAGUGGAUGAAAAGUACCAAAGACUUAAACCAACCUGUAAUCAAUCACUACAGUGUCCGACCAUGGAACACUUCUAUUUAUUUAGGAGGAAUCUUUUCAUCAGGGGGAUCGUGAGUGUCUGUAACAUGCCGUGGCGUAGCCAGGGAUUGUGCAGGGGGAGCGGACACUCCACUAGUGGAAAACGGCACAUAUUCAGCUUCUUCAUCUGCCCCCAGUUUAUUAUCUUUGCAUAUAUUGCUUGUUUUACUCUGAUUUAUAUAUGUGAUAACUCAUUGCAACUGCUUUGUAAGUAUCACACCGUGAUAUGUGUUCUAUAAUUACACCGGCAGCUAUUUAUGUGCCGCCUAGACGGGGUAUGAGUACAGGUGUUAUUAUACUGUAGCUGCCCACAGGUGUCUGCAUUGAUACUGUACGUUAUAUACUUUCUACUGUAUCAAACCCGGCAAGUGCUUGUGUGUGUGUGUGCCUCAAGAAAAUGCACGCGUCACCAACGGAAUUUGCGCAAAAGCAGUAAGUGGGGACAGUUGCAUUUUAUUUUUAUAGUAACCUCAUUUUUAAUUCAUGUGUAACAUCUCUUAAUGGACAUGUCCAUUGUAUAGCCUUUUUUAUUAUGCGGGACCAAGAUUUAGAGGGCAGGUGCCCAGAGUGCUGUGGCCGAGCGGUGUGAUCGUAUGCAGCGGAAUGUACAACGUUAGGCUAAGGCAGGGGGUAGGCAUCGUCCGGCACUCCAGCUACUGUGGAACUACACAUCCCAGCAUUCCCUGCCGCAGUUUUGUUGUUAGGACAUGCAAAAAAUGUGUCGGGUAAUGCUGGGAUGCGUAGUUCUGCAGCAGCUGGGGUGCCAGAAGAUGCCUACCUCUGAGCAAUGGAAUGAUUCCGUGAGUAGUAUAUUAGAGUAUUAUUUCCCUGUGUAAAAGAGGAUUUACUUUGAAGAGCGUUUAAUAAAGUGCAUUGCAACGGUUAUUCCCAUUAUCUUUGUCACUCUGCAAAAAGUUUUGAAAUGCACACUAAUAAAAUUGUACAAGUCAGUAUUAUA